AUGGAAGACUAAUUAAAAAGAAUCGACAUACUCAUCAAGAAGCAGAACUUUUAGAAGAGUAUAAAAAAACUAUAAGAACUGCAAAAUCAACUUAAUGAGAGUCUUAUUAAUCCUGAAGAAAUGACAGAAAAUGAAUUAGUAAGCUCUAGUUUAUUAUUAUUAGAUUUUCUAAAGCAAUAUAUACGAGAGGUUCGCGACAAUAUUUAUUGAUAUAAAUUAAGUUUAUCAAGCAAUGCAAUACUUAAUAAGAAUGAUAAAAAUAGAGAAAGAUAUUUGUAAAGCAUCCGAUAAUAAGAAUAGCAUUUUGAGACUCUGUAAUUCUUACGCAAAAAUAGGUAAUUAAUAUAAUGAAAUAAUAUCAGGUAGGUGCUGUUUCUAUUGCUGUUAUUAUGAAUAAACUUUCAAAUAUUUAGAUUAUGCUCAAUAAUUACUUAAUUAACAUAAUCUUACUAAUACAGGUGUUUAUGCACUAACUUUAACACAGUUAGGAAAUUAUUAUAGAUUUAUGUUUUAAGAUGAUUUGGCAGAAGAAAUGCUAAAUGAAAGCAUAAAAAUUAGGGAAGAAUUAUACUCUAGAAAUUCUAUAGUAAAAAUAAUAAAUAUAUGUAGGAAGUGGCUGAUUCAUUACAUGGAUUAGCAUAGUUAUUCUCAGAUCAAGGAAAAAUUGAAGAAGCUAUGUUUUCAAUCAACUAAGCUAUUACUAUUUGGAUCAAUGUUUUAAGUUAUGAAAAUAUCAAAACUGCAAAAUCUAUUUAUCUUAAAGGAAAUUUAUAUCUAAGAAUGAAAAGUACUACAGAAAGUAUAAUUUAAUUUUAAAAAAUUUAGAUUUAGAAAAAGCAGAAAAUUUAAUUACUCAAAGUUUGUAAAUAAAUAUAAAAAUUAUGGGAAAAUCUUCAUAAGAUAUUGCUGAUUGUUAUCAUUCUUUAGGUAAAAUUAAGUCUUAUAAUAAAAAUUCGAAUGAAUUUGAAGUUUAUUUUCAAAAAUCAUAAGAAAUUUUACAAGAAUUGUAUGGCUAAAGCCAUGCGAGCAUUGCAAUAAUAUUAAAUAAUUUUGGAAGAUCAUAUUAUGAAAGAAAAUAGUAUGAAAAGGCUGUUAAUUGUUUUUAAGAAUCUAUAAAAAUUUAUACCUAAUUAUGUGGAGAAAUGCAUGGCAAUUUAGCCAUUACAUUAAAGAACUGUGCUGAUUGCCAUAAAGAAUUAGGUCGAUUUAAGCAAGCUCACAAUGACUAUUCAAAAUCAUUGGAAAUCUAUAAGGUAUAUAUAAAUAUUCUAUUUUUAGAAAAUGCAGAUAAAUCAACAACAGGUCAAUUCGAUAUAAAUUUAAAUGACCCAAAUCUCCGAAAAGUUUUUAGAAGAUUGA